AUGAAAUUGGCCGCUAGUUUUGUGCCGCUGACACUACUGCUCUUGGGCGCAACGACUGUACCAGCCAGCGGACCGGACCUGAGCUUUGGCGAUGCAGACUUUUCGGUGCAGUACUUCAAGCAGUCGUACAACGCGUCCGGCAACUUGAUCGUGUCGCCGGUUGCUGUACGGCUUGCGUUCUCCGCAUUGUAUCAGGUGACAGACAAUAGGACGCGGGAAACCGUACAGCGUGCCUUCUAUCUACCGCUAGACACUAGCGACGCCCGUUCAAACGCAGAGCAACUGGUGAACGAUCUGGAACAGAGCCCGUUCCUGAACGUGUCUUUCGCCGUACUUCAAACCGAAGGGCAGCUGUCUCGCGAGCUCCAGAAUGCGAUAAAAUCCAUCUUUCACGUGGAAUCUCGUACGGUGGCUUUCAGCAAUCGGCGCUCGGUCGUUGAGGACGUUAACAAAUGGGCAUCAGACGUCACAAAUGGCCGCAUCCUUAACUAUCUGGCCGAGUCGGAUGUGGACGUCAAUGUGGAGAUGAUGCUGCUGAGCGCGAUGCAUAUGCAUGCAAACUGGGCCCAAAAGUUCGAUAUGGAACGAACCGCUGAAGAAACGUUCCAGUUCCGCAAUGGACCCAGAUCGGUGGAAAUGAUGAGUGUUUCGCUGGAGUUGUUGUACUACGCGCAGCAUUCGUUCCACGCCGUACAGCUACCGUACAGCGAGGAGAGUGAUCUUACUAUGUGGAUCCUCAUGCCCCAUCGUAACGGUACGUUCGAUGAGCUGAUGGAACUGCUCACUGUCGAAUUGUUGGACGAGCUGGAAACGUCCGCCAUGCCCAAGAUGGUGGAUCUAUGGCUGCCCAAGUUCUCCAUCAGCGACAGUCAUGAUGCGCGCGACGUGCUCAAGCGCAUGGGCCAUGGGACGCUGUUCGAUGUGGAAGGAUUUGCCGUGUACCAGAACCACCAAUCGAUGUUGGGUACGAUGAAGCAGAGCACCUUCAUACAGGUCGAUGAAUGGGGAACGGAAGCGGCAGCCGUCACGUCAAUCGGGACGAAAUUCCGCAUCCGAAACACCCAGUUCCGGGCUGACAAACCGUUCAUUUUCAUCAUUAAAAAGUUGUCGAUCGACACAAUACUUUUUGUGGGGCAUUACUCCAACCAUGACUAG